UGCGAAAUUUUGAGUUAAGAAAAGAAGGGACUGGACUUGGACGUAAUGUGACUACAUUUCCUCACGUGGACUGCUUUGCUGCUAUUCGUACCGCUUGCCACAAAGGACAUACCGAAGUCUAAAGUUCGUGCUCUGUUGACGAGGGACUAUUCCAGUAGCAGAGCUUUGUUCCGUGUCUCGUGCAAUCCAGUAGUGUCGGAACCAGAGUGAGAACUGCGUAAUACCAGGAGCGUGCGUAUUCGAGUGAUUAGUGGCCCUGACUCUAAACCAAGAAGUCGUGGGUUCGAAUCCUGGCUCACCUGACACGCCACUGGAAAAGUUUGCAGUCCUCAGUAGGACGGAAAAUUACGCUGUGGUCCACUGGUCUUCGUGCUGGUCGAAAAGAGCAAAUGGAUUUUCCCUGACAAUGAACCUGUAAAUACCUCACAGAGCGUCUGUCUCAGACUUUGUCACGACCAGUGGAAGACUAGCUCGCCUGUUCAUUGAGCUAGACUAGUUCGGGGUAGAUCACGUUUUCUCACAGCCGACACCAUGACUAUGGAAGAACUGCAACAAAAGUACCGCUCAUGCGCCAAGGAAUUACGCCUGUUCCACGGCGAGCUCAUCUCGAACGAGAAGAACGUCAAACGCCUGGGCCGAGACAUCGCAGAGAGCGAGGGCCAGCUGGAAGAGUUCCACCAGGAGAUCAGAAAAUCAGAGGAAGAACUCAACAAAUUCCACCAGGAAUUAAGAGACAAGGAACGAAAGAUCCUCGACGGUUUCUACAAAGACUUGAAGAAAGACGAGAACAGGACAGGUCUUGAAGACGAUGACGGUUGGCUGAAACCUCGGUACUUCAAAUCGCCCGCACCGCCAGAAAAGCGCGAAAAAAGUAACGUGGAAGAGGAAUAUAGAAACAAAUAUCUAGAAGACUCGCGGUUAGUGAUUAAACGUAAGGACCAGUACAUAGCAGAAGCACAGAAACUUUUGGACGAGAAAGACAGAUACAUUGACCAGUCGCGCGCCCUGGCCAGACAGAAGGAUAUCUACAUCAAGGACUUCCGUAAGCUAGGUGAGACUAAGGACAGAUACAUCCAGGAGUCACAGCGUGUGAGGAGGAGAGAGACCGGUGGCUGGGGCAGAUGAAGCAGCUGAUGGAGGAUACCGAGAACUGCGUGCGGGAACUGACGGGAACUCGGGACCACAUGACAAGGGAACUGGAUAACAUCAAG